AUGUCGGCGAAGACGGAAUCCACGACCAAGAAGUUCGGCUCGUCGACUCGGGUCGUCCCCGCCCCCUCCCAGAAGGCGCAGAAGUGGUACAACGCCGACGAUGAGCCCGAGGCCAAGAAGGUCCGCAAGGCCGUCCGUCCCUGGGCCCCUCGCAAGACCCUCCAGCCCGGCACCAUCCUGAUCCUCCUCGCCGGUCGCUUCCGCGGCAAGCGCGUCGUUCUCCUGAAGACCCUCGACCAGGGUGUCCUCCUCGUCACCGGCCCCUUCAAGAUCAACGGCGUCCCCCUCCGCCGCGUCAACUCCCGCUACGUCAUCGCCACAUCCUACAAGGUCGACGUCUCCGGCGUCGACUCCCAGAAGAUUGAGGAGAUCUCGCAACCCAAGUACUUCACUGCCGACAAGGCCAAGAAGCAGAACGGCGAGGACGCUUUCUUCAAGCAGGGAGAGAAGCCCCAGAAGAAGGAGAUCAACAGCAGCCGUGCGGCUGACCAGAAGGCCGUCGACAAGGCUCUGCUCGCCAGCAUCAAGAAGGUUGACAUGCUCGCCUCCUACCUGGCGAGUUCCUUCAGCCUGCGCAAGGGUGACAAGCCCCACGAGAUGACCUGGUAA